AUGGCCACAUUCAAUUCUACUGAGUUAUAUGUGACUUCUCAUCAAAGAGCACCUACUGAAGAUGAACCCCUCCCAGAAGCCCUUCGUGAUAUGUCCCUCUUAAUGAAGGUACUCUGUGUUUUGUUAGAUAGGCAGGGUCCAGUGGCCAAAGCUACAAUUGCUAACAGCAUGCUUUGGUGUGACAUUGGUUUGCCGCCAUCUAUCGUGGUGUUGAUUUUCUACCGUCAAUAUCUAGCUUUAGAUAGGCAGCUUCCAGUGGGCAAAGCUACAAUUGCUAACACUUUAGAUAGGCAGCUUCCAGUGGCCAAAGCUACAAUUGCUAACACUUUAGAUAGGCAGCUUCCAGUGGCCAAAGCUACAAUUGCUAACACUUUAGAUAGGCAGCUUCCAGUGGCCAAAGCUACAAUUGCUAACACUUUAGAUAGGCAGCUUCCAGCGGCCAACACUACAAUUGCUAACAGCAUGCUUUGGUGCGAUAUUGGUUCACCGCCGUCUAUCGUGGUGUUGAUUUUCUACCGUCAAUAUCUAGCUUUAGAUAGGCAGCUUCCAGUGGCCAAAGCUACAAUUGCUAACAGUGUGCUCUGGCGUGACAUUGGUUCACCGCCGUCUAUCGUAAUGAUGGUAUUCUACCGUACACGUCUAGCGUUAGAUAGGCAGGGUCCAGAGGCCAACACUACAAUUGCUAACAGCAUGCUUUGGUGCGAUAUUGGUUCACCGCCGUCUAUCGUAAUGAUGAUAUUCUACCGUACACGUCUAGCGUUAGAUAGGCAGGGUCCAGCGGCCAACACUACAAUUGCUAACAGCAUGCUUUGGUGCGAUAUUGGUUCACCGCCGUCUAUCGUAAUGAUGAUAUUCUACCGUACACGUCUAGCGUUAGAUAGGCAGGGUCCAGCGGCCAACACUACAAUUGCUAACAGCAUGCUUUGGUGCGAUAUUGGUUCACCGCCGUCUAUCGUAAUGAUGAUAUUCUACCGUACACGUCUAGCGUUAGAUAGGCAGGGUCCAGCGGCCAACACUACAAUUGCUAACAGCAUGCUUUGCGUUAGAUAG